GGGCUCAGCUUCUGCCAGAUUUGGCUACCCAGUACCACCACCAGAUGACUGUCAGUGCGCAUUUCCAAUUGGCAGGAGGGAGAGAGAAGUAAACCGAGGAGACCGAUCGGGGAAGAGUGUGUGUGAGAGAGAGAGAGAGAAGCGGGAGUGAGUGUGUUAUAGAAGGAACAGAGUGAGAGACUCCAGCGGAGGGGCGAGAGGUAACUUCACCGAGGUUAUCACUGCGCACUGUCGAGGAGGAGUGAUCGCUUUUUUUUUUUUCGCGCAGCAUGCUGAAGCAGGUUACAAAGUGGACUCUGGAUGAACCUUCUGAUUGAAACGCCCGAUUCUCUAAUGGACUGCUGGAGAGCACAGUGAGGCGAGAGCUGUGCCACAGUGGCAAGGAACGGAGACUGGGAAAGAAGCUGAUGCAGAGGGGAAAGUUACCAACUGUGGAGAUGUAUUGCUAACUGCGAGUUUACUGACUGCUCGGACCAUUCUGAGUCGUUUCUUUAAACUGGAUGCUAUUGUAGACGAAUCUCCGGUGAUCCCGAGCCCGGUGCCGCGGUGGACCAUAACCAGCUCAGUCGCAUAGACGGAGCCAGACUCUUUCCAUAGAACACAAUCAGCGGCAAGAGCAACUAAAAUGUCUUCGUUAUACCUCAUCUUUUGCGUGAUGGUCACAGCAGCCACCCAAGCAGCCUACUUCUCCCAGCAGCCCCAGGACCAGGUGGUUGUAUCCGGUCAGUCGGUGACCCUGCCUUGUGUCAUCGUGGGUUACCGGGGAAUGGUACAGUGGACCAAAGAUGGCCUGGCACUGGGAGGAGAGAGAGAUCUACCAGGCUGGACACGCUAUUCCUUAAUGGGCGACCCGCUAUCAGGCGAGCACAGCUUGCAGAUCGAUUCAGCAGAGUUGGCGGAUGACGCGGUGUAUGAGUGUCAGGCUACACAGGCAGCGCUUCGCUCCCACCGUGCCAAGCUCACUGUACUAGUUCCUCCCUCUGACCCUGUGGUGGAAGGCGGCCCCGUUGUACGUCUCAAGGCCCACACACCGCACAACCUCACCUGCAGAGCCUCAGGAGCCAAACCUGCUGCUGAAAUCACCUGGUACAGAGAUGGAGAAGUCAUGGAAACUGCAAUUUAUUCCAAGUCCCUAAUGGAAGAUGGGAAGAGGGAAGCGGCUGUCAGUAUGCUUCCGAUCAUUCCAGAGGACAGUGACUCCGGACGCACCUACACCUGCAGGGUUCUUAACCCAGCUGCCCCUGCUGGACGACAGACAUCAGUCACUAUCAAUGUCCAGCACCCCCCUUCAGUGACUCUGUCAGUCCAGCCUCAGACUGUAACAGAGGGAGCCAAGGUUCUCUUCAUCUGCUCUGCCUCAGCCAAUCCUGAAAUCACUGGAUACAGGUGGUCGAAAGGAGGAGUCCCCAUCUCCGAAGCAAAUGGGGAUAGCCUUGAGGUGACAGUGGACUACUCCUACUUCACAGACCCCGUCUCCUGUGAAGUGUCCAACUCUGUGGGCAGCACCAAUGUCAGCACUCUGGUUGAUGUCCAGUUUGGCCCCAGACUGCUGGCGGAGCCGAAGCCCAUGACAGUGGAUACAGGCAUGGAUGCAGCCUUCACUUGUGCGUGGACUGGAAACCCUCCUCUGACCCUGGCUUGGACCAAGCAAGGCUCCAGUGUGGUGCUCAGUAAUGGUAACACCUUGCAGCUGAAGGCUGUUACUCAGGAGGAUGCUGGCACAUACACCUGCAAGGCCAUUGUACCCCGUAUUGGAGUUGCAGAAAGAGAUGUCACUCUAACUGUAAAUGGUCCACCUAUCAUCACAGCAGAGGCCACGCAGCAUGCUGUCAAACACUCCAAGGGCAAGCUGGAGUGCCGGGUGGGAAGCAGCCCCCCACCUGAUAAGAUUGUGUGGACCUUUGGGGACAUGAGCCUGUCCUCCGGCUCCUCCGGUCGUUACUCAGUGCAGACAGUAACCAGUGACCACGGAGUCGUGUCCUCUCUGGUGCUAUCUGAGACUCUGGCACAAGAUUUCCAGCUGCGCUACAACUGCACUGCUUGGAACCGCUUCGGCACAGGCACUGCCCUGGUCACGCUAAAGGAGCAAGAAGCACUGCCGAUGUUGAUAAUUGUAGGUGGGGCAGUGGGUGGCGGCUGUGUCCUGCUCAUCUGUGUCAUCACUCUGGUCUCCCUCUGCUGCAGGCACACAGGCAAAGGUGAGCUCAACGGCAAAAGAUGCACUCGUCUUUCCAAGAGUGACAUCAGAGUUCAGAUUGUUCACAGCGAUCACAAUGCUACACGCGGCAACGACGAUGAGGAAGAUGUCAAAGAACCCAUGGCUCCAAACAGCAGCGAGUCUCCCGGGACAUCGCGCACAGAACACAGCGACCUCCUGGAAGAGGAGGAGGACGAAAGAUCGGACAUCAAGGAUCCUACCAAUGGUUACUACAAUGUUCGCGGCCACGACGACCGUCAUAUUCGCAGCAGCGGAUUUUCUGAAUACGUGCCCAAUUCUCGGCCGGUCUACACUCCAUCACAGCUGCCCUCCCCCAGCCCCGUGUACGGUCAGCACGGCACCCAACCUCGUGCCUAUGACUUCUCCCACCGAUACGCAACCACCACAGUGAGCAGAACCUCAUACGAACAGCAGCAGGCUGCCCAGCAGCAGCCUGCCCAGCAAGGGGGAGUUUAUCCCACUGACCCCCUCUACAGUGGCACUGCUUACCUACCUGCUACUUAUGGCCACGCCUUCACCAGUUAUGUUAAGCCUGCUUCCUAUGAGAAGGUGGAUGCGUACGACCAAUCAGAUCAGGCCAGCAAGGUCUCGAGCUCAUCUCGCUUCUCUUACGCCUCGUCACAAGUGUCCUCCCAGCAGUCCGACUAUGGCCGACCCUCGCAACGUAUGCAGACUCAUGUCUGAUAGGAACAAAAAAAGAAAAAAAAAGAGUAAAGAAGCAGUGAGUAGAUAACUAUUUGUCACCACAUGUGUGGGCGGACUAACAUGAACUUUCUUUACUCGGACAGUCCUGCAAGGAUUUGUUAGGACAGUAUAAGAAGGGAGGCAUGAUUUCGGUUAUGAAUAACCAACCUGCGAUGGACGGCAGCAUCUACAAUAAUGUGAACUUGUAGAGCUAGAAAAUUAAGCAGAUUGUGAUGUUCAAGUCAAGCAUAUGAUGAACAUUACAGUGCGAUACCUCACUAGGUUGUCUCUACAUGAUGACCACCCAAACUUGUGGAGAUGUUCUGCGAGUUCGUGGGCCAACCAGAAAAUAAAUCAAACGCAUCCCUUAAAUUUGGGUGGCCAAAACGACUGGGGUAGCUGUUUACCUGCAUUCCAGAGUUUACUUUGUGUCGACACUAAUUGUAAACAUGACCUCGUAAAUACUUUGAAAGAAGAUAUUACGAGCUAACACGUACAGUAUUUGAGGGGGAGGGGGGGGUAAAAAGGUGUGAAAAACCUUUGUUGUCUGUCAUUUUGAUGUUUUCGUUGGCAUGCGAAAGGAAUUGUAAGCACAUUUGUGUCUCUAUCAUCUACAAAUGACUGAGCUAUCCACAGAGACAGACAUGAACUAUUCUGCACAACAGGCUAGCUGCACUGACCAACAAGUGCUACAGGCACUCUAUUGUAUGUGGAAUACAUCUGGACUGAACUGUGUUUCUGGAGCCUCUCGUGAUAACCUUAACACGUUGGACACAGAGUGUUGUCUGCCAGUGGGGAGAAAAGAAUGUGCAUAUUGCCUUCGUUCUAAUGGAGGACUCUAUGUUGUACUGACACGGACGAGUUAAGGCAGUGAAAACCCAAAGAUGGUAACAAAUUGUAUAGGUAAUAAAAAUAGGGGCUGAUGCUGAAAACUGUGGAUCUACCCCUGCAUCGUUUCCUGCUGUACUUUCUGAUUGUAAAAUCAAGAGUAGGAACUUACCAGA